UGUUCUCUCGUUCAUCGAACAAAGAAUCGCGAUAAGGAUGCGUGUUAUCCGUCAGCUGGGACAACUAUGAAUUUCAAAGAGAUAUCGUUGAAAAAAACGGAGAAUAGGUCAAGCUUGAAUUUUUAACGAUCCACGGUCUUCAGCGUACGUAUAUAAGACGAAAGGAAAAUUCUGCUGGGAAAUGUUGCUCGUGUUGUUUCGCGGUUAAACUAUAUUAACAACGAGUUCGUUAUGUCGCGUCUCACCGCAUGGAUUGCUGCUUUACUCAUAUUGAUCGGAUCUGUUUGGUCACAGGAACAGAUUCUUGAAGAAGGAAUCGAGGAACCAAGAUUCGGCUUUAGUUUACUUGAGCCUAUACGAAAAUUUUUUUGCAAGAAUUCUUGCGGGUCAACUGAAGGAAACUCGUACAUACUGAAUCUUGCCUGUGCCGUAAAGUGUCCUGAAUUAUAUUUACCCCAUACAACUUCAAACCCAUCUGCUUCAACAAUGCCAUCAUCGAGUACGCCAGCUAAACCGAGUACGCCAGUCACAACGAAUAGUAUGCCAGUUACAACGAAUAGUAUGCCAACUACAACGCGUAUGUGAACAGAACCGAAUUUGUCAACUAAAUCGAAUAUGGCAGCUGUACCACAGAAUGCUUCGGCACCAAGUAAUAUCACUAAUGCUAAUGCUGACUCAACAUUACUUUUUCUUUAUGUACGAAUAAGAUUUUUGAGAAUUUCAUUAUAUAUUUUUGCAGAAUAUAAUAUACUAACAACUAAAGUAUAUUUUCUACUCAACUUUAGAUUAGUAUGCCAUUAUGGAAAUUUCAUGGUUCGUUAUUAAUAACAAACUGUGUGUCGAAAUGAGAAAGACUUCCUUUCUGUCUUUUGUAUUGAACUAACGAAUGAAAUUUUUGCUAACAUAAUGUUAAUUAUGCAAGUUAUUAAAUCCGUUUCUUUUGUAUGUAGAGAACGAGUUUCUCGAGAAUUUUUAACACACGGUUCUUU